AUGGGCGACCGCUCGAAGCCAAGCUCAAUGGACGACCUGCCCAUCCACUUGGUUCUCGAAAUUUUGACCUCGGGCCGCUUGAGCCCGGUGGAUUUAGCGUGUGUGGAGCUGACUUCACGGACCUUUUGGGAGGGUCACGAGCUGUUUCCUCAAAAGUUUCGAUCUUUGGUUGAUUACGCGGCCUUCAAGCUUUGCGGGUCCCACCCAAUUUAUUCUUCGCUCCGGGAUGGUGCCCGGAAUGAACUUUACAAUCGAUGUAAUGGGAGUUGGAAGCGGGUUUUGAGGUUCUUGCAAUCCUUGGAACAGUCUUCUCACAUGGUCGAAACCUCUGCCGGCAAGAUGCAGAUUAAGAGUGGAAGAUAUCACACACUACUGAUCAAUGACUCGGGAAUGUACUCGUGUGGAUCGAGCUUAUGUGGUGUCCUUGGUCACGGUCCAGAAACUACACAGUGUGUGGAAUUUACGCCUAUAAGUUUUCCUUACCGCACAAAUGUGAUUCACAUCUCGGCCUCCCACAACCAUGCAGCCUUUGUUACGCAGUCCGGAGAGGUGUUCACAUGUGGAGAUAAUUCAUCGUUCUGUUGUGGCCAUCGAGAUACGGGCCGUCCUAUAUUCCGGCCAAAGCUUGUUGAAGCUCUGAAGGGUAUUCCUUGCAAGCAGGUAGCUUCAGGCCUGAGCUUCACCAUGUUCCUCACGAGCCAAGGCCACGUCUACACAUGCGGGCUCAACACGCAUGGCCAGCUGGGCCAUGGGGAGUCCACACACGAUCAACCGACCCCUCAAAGAGUGGAGCUCUUAGAAUCUAUCGUCCAGAUAGCCGCGGGCCCCAGCUACGGCUUGGCUGUGUCGAACGAUGGAACCUUAUUUUCUUUCGGGUCGGGCACAAAUUUCUGUCUUGGGCACGGCGAACAGCACAACGAGCUCCGGCCUCGGCCAGUUAUGUGGUUCAGGAAGAAAGGCGUGCAUGUGGUGCGGGUAUCUGCUGGGGACGAACAUGUGGUGGCCCUCGACUCAAAUGGAUAUGUGUAUACUUGGGGCAAAGGCUAUUGUGGUGCGUUAGGGCACGGGGAUGAGAUUGAUAAAACGCUGCCGGAACAUCUGACGAGCCUCAGGGGUCAGCUUGCCGUGCAGGUAUGUGCCAGUAAGAGAAAGACUUUUGUCCUAGUGGACAAUGGAUCGGUUUACGGUUUUGGCUGGAUGGGCUUCGGGAGUCUUGGAUUUCCAGACAGAGGAGUUUCAGACAAAAUCGUGCGGCCUCGAGUCUUGGACAGCUUGAAAAACCACCACAUUUCUCAGGUUAGCACCGGUUUGUACCAUACUGUUGUAGUCACAAACGAGGGGCGAGUUUUGGGGUUCGGAGAUAAUGAAAGGGCACAGUUGGGUCAUGACACUCUUAGGGGAUGUCUUAAGCCAACUGAAAUCUUCAUUCACAAAAAAGGAACUGUUGCUUAA